AUGCAAACAGAAAAAUCAUUAUGUUUCAAUUCCUCUUCAUUUCCAGUCGUUGAAAUUCCUUCAUCUUCCGAGGUGCAACAGAAGAAGAAAUACUUCAUUCCUAAUACCUCUGGUUAUGAUUAUGAUGAACAAUAUCCAUUCCUCUCCAAUGAUCUUUCUCAACAAACCAAGCAAGCCUUUCAUAAUAUCGUGAAGGCUUUUCAAGAGAAAAUUCCAAACUUUGUCCUUUCAUGGAUUGAACACAUGGUGAUAACGGUACAGAGAGAAGAAGACUUCUCUUCAUGUCUAUCCGUAUUGAUGAAGGAAUUUAAUUAUCAGUUGCCGGCUUGCAGAAUGGUGGUGGCUGCAAGCCCUUUUGAAGAAGAAGAGAAGAGGGAUCAUCAAGUAAAACCACUCGUACAAUUACAAGCUACAUGUUCCGUACCACAUUUGUUCGACGUUGGUUCAUCUUUCUCCCAAUCGGAAGAGAAGAAGAAAGAGGAAGAAUUAGAAUUCAAAACCAUCACUCGUUAUCAUGUCGGCCAACGCUACAGUGAAAGUGCUGCCUAUGCCAAUGUUUUGUACGUGAGUGGGCAAGUUCCCGAGGAUGAUGGAAAGAAAGACAUUAAAGGUCAAACGAAGGAGGUUCUGGAUGCCUUGGAUCAGCGAUUGAAGGAGGCAGGAACUGACAAGACUAAACUCUUGAUGGUUCAAAUCUUUCUUGCUUCGAUGGAAGAUUUUAAUGGCAUGAAUGAGGUGUGGGAUCAGUGGGUCCCUAAAGAGAAUGCACCACCACGGGCGACUGUGGAGGCAAAAUUGGCAAGACCUUACUGGAGAAUUGAAUUAGUGGCCACUGCUGCCUUGUUGUAG